AUGCGAACGGUGAACGACGGAGUGCUGCGGUGCGUGGGCACCGCCCAGGUGACGUUCGGCUACAGAGGCAAGCGAUAUGAUGCCCGGUUGGCCGUGGUCGACCUGCGAAAAUCGUGCUUCCAGCUGCGUCUGGAGCGCCAGCUGUGGCCGUAUCAGACUGUGCAGGUCAAAGGCCGCACCUACAGCCUCAUGCGGCUCGGAUUCGGCCUCAAUGUGGCGCCGUUGAUUACGAAGGCCGUUGUUCAGGCGGUGCUGCAUGAGAACGAGGCGAUCAGCCGGGGAGUGCUCGCCUAUGUGGACGACCUGCUCGUCUACGAAGACGUGCAACAGCUCUGCGACAACGUCGACCUGGACGUGGUGCUGCAAGACUACGAGGCUUACUAUCAGCUGCGCUACCAGCGUGUGCCCCGGCUCAACGCGCCGCGCGGACCGACGGCGGCGCUGCAGGCCAUGGCGGAGCUGGUCUCGCGCGACCUCUACCUCGACGAGCCGGGCGUGCGCUGGGCGGACAUCAUCGGUCUCGAGUCGGAGCGCGUGGUGCGCGAGGCGGUGGUGUACCCGCUGCGGUACCCGCGCCUUUUCGCCGGCACGCUGGUCACGCCGUGGCGCGCGCUGCUGCUCUUCGGCCCGCCGGGCAACGGAAGACACUGCCUCGCCAAGGCCGUGGCCACCGAGUGCAGGACGACUUUCUUCAACGUGUCGGCCGCCACGCUGGUCAGCAAAUGGCACGGCGACUCGGAGAAGCUGGUGCGCGUGCUGUUCGAGCUAGCGCGCGCGCACGCGCCGGCCACCGUCUUCCUGGACGAGCUGGACGCGCUGAUGGGCCAGCGCGGCGGCCUGGAGCACGAAGCCUCGCGGCGCCUCAAGACCGAACUGCUGGUGCAACUGGACGGGCUGGCGCGCGGCCCGCAGCCCGUGUUCGUGCUCGCCGCCUCCAACCUGCCCUGGGAGUUGGACCAGGCGCUGCUGCGGCGGCUGGAGAAGCGCGUGCUGGUCGGCCUGCCGUCGCCGGCCGAGCGCGCCGCCGUGUUCCAGCACUACCUGGCCGAAUGGCCCCUGAGCCCGGCGCUGCUGCUGGAGCCGCUGGCCGAGCUCACCGACGGCUACUCGGCGGCCGACAUUCAGCUGGUGUGCCGCGAGGCGGCCAUGAGCUCGCUGCGUGCCGUGCUGCGCCGCCUGGAGGGCGAGGGUCCGAUAGAUGGACAC